AUGACAUUCACCUCCACUCCUCCUGCUCUCCGUCUGCAGCAGAUCAGUAACCAUCUCGCCGACAAGAACACCACAGCCUCCGUCUUUGAGAGCGUGAAGGAAGCGCCCGCCGAUGUCAUCUUUGCUCUGACAUCCUCAUACAAGGCGGAUACGUAUCCUCAGAAAGUCAAUCUUGGCGUGGGUGCAUACCGUACAGAGGAAGGCAGGCCAUGGGUGUUACCCGUUGUCAAAAAGGCAGACCGCAUCCUGGUCAACGACGAGAAUCUGGAUCAUGAAUACCUCCCCAUUCUAGGAUCGGACGCCUUCCGUAAGGCAUCCUCAAAGCUGAUCCUUGGAGCGAAUUCCAAGGCCUUGGCCGAGGGCCGCGUUGGCUCUGCGCAGUGUAUCUCCGGAACUGGUGCUGUCUAUACCGGAGCCCACUUUCUCUCGAAGCAUUACCCUAUCAAGGGUGCCGCAUGCUAUAUCUCCAAGCCUACUUGGGCCAACCAUCGCGCGAUUUUCGAAGGCGUUGGUAUCCCAGUGCUCGAAUACCCGUACUGGGACCCAGCUACGAAGGGCCUGGACCUUAAGGGUAUGCUCGGUACUAUGCAAUCGGCGCCCAAUGGGUCAAUCUUCUUGCUCCAUCCAUGUGCCCAUAAUCCUACAGGAGUCGACCCGACACCCGAGCAAUGGAGACAGAUCGCAGAUGUUAUGGAGGCCAAGGGUCAUUUUACAUUCUUCGACUGCGCAUACCAGGGCUUUGCGUCCGGCAGCCUUGAUAAGGAUGCGUAUUCGGUUCGGUACUUUGUUGAGCGCGGAUUCGAGCUGUUUGUGGCCCAAUCCUUCUCAAAGAACUUUGGACUAUACUCUGAACGUGCUGGCAACCUGACGAUUGUCGCUCGGACUCCGGAGGUCAAGAACAGGGUGGAGUCGCAGAUUGCAAAGGCUCAGCGUGCGGUUAUUUCGAACCCUCCUGCGUACGGAUCUAGGGUCGUAAGUGUGGUGUUGAACGAUGAGAAGUUGUAUGCGGAGUGGGAGACGAACCUGUCAACGAUGGCGAACCGGAUCAUUGAUAUGCGCAAGGUGUUGUAUGAUGAGCUGACGAGGCUGGGCACCCCUGGAAAGUGGAACCAUAUUGUGGACCAGAUUGGCAUGUUUUCGUUCACAGGAUUGACGACGCCACAGGUGAAGGUGUUGAAGGAGAAGUACCAUGUGUAUCUGACGGACAAUGGGCGCAUCUCGAUGGCGGGGUUGAACAGCAAAAACGUCAAGUACUUUGCCCAGGCUGUCGACGACGUUGUCAGGAACCAUUAA